GAAACGUACCUCGAACAGUAAACAGCUCAAGAAAUUUUCUUUUGAAAAUAAAAUUCAGUCGUGAAUUUGACAAAGUUUUUUUUUUGUGAACGAAGUGAAGACAGUUUUAUAAAAGUUAUUUCAUCAUGUCUGCAUUAUACAACGAAUACAUUAUUGCUAGCAAUAACAGCAUUAAUGACAACAAAUACAACGCGGAAAAAGUGGCCAAAUCAUCAUCGUACAAAAUCAAGCGAAUUUUGAAGCCGCUGUUGAGAAUGCUGCGCCAGAAGAGCAAGAAGCAGAAAACCGAAUUCGUUUAUGCAAAUCAAAAGAAUGCAUCAAUCGAAAGCUGUGACGAUUUCUGGGCAUCCGAAAUUGACGACAAUUCAGCCAACGAAGAACUUGAAUCGAGAAUAUUCCGCGAAAUUGACCAAUGUGAAGACAAUGCAGCCGUUUAUGUUUACGAAAAUGACGAUUUUGAAAUUCAGCCAGUAAAGCGAGAUCAGCGAUUUGUACCCGUUCAUUUUGCACGCACCGAAGCCGGCACAUUCUUCUGGACAACAAUGCAGAAACCAGUUGAUUAUGACCUCGUACAACCGACCUACUGUUGCUCAUCAUACCAACAACCGCAACUACAAUUCGGCGAUCGAUGGGUUCAAGCGUAAAUGAACAUACAACAACAGUAUGCAACAAGUGUGUGAAAUUAAAAUCACGUGAAAAAGAAUUCAAAGUGCCAAUUAAGUUAUAUUUUUUUGAAAUGAUCUCUCAAAUUGUUUAAUUCAUUAAGUUUUUGCUUUUGAAUUAUUUUUUUUUGUUUAACCUGAAAUUAUUGCUCAAGCUUUAUUUUUUGAUUGUAUAAUUCAUUGGAGAAUGUUCAGUUUGAACGUUUGUGAUAUUAGAGUAGGGAAUCAAAAUGUUAUAGUAAGCUCGUUUUGUGAUGAUUUUUGAUUA